AUGACGUCGGCAAAAACCACCACUGUCUCUCCCGAAAUUAUCGAGGCAAUCCGCAGCAAGAAAACAUUGUACUGCCGCGCAGUCGACACGAAAUCAUGGGCCGAAUUCGAACGCAUAGCCCUACCCAACGCCACCUUGGUUUACAAAAACUCAGUCAAUGGCUUGACGACUGACGCGUCCGAUGGCACAAACCUGCCCUCAUUUAAUAGCCGGGACGACUUUGUGGCAUUCUUCAAGAAAGCCUUCGAGCCAUUGCAAACCAUCCACAUGGUAAACAGCGGCUCUUUUGAAAGGAUAAGCGACGACGAGGUCAAGGCUGUGUUUGCAUUGGUUACACAUGGUGGUCCAACUUGCGACUCUAAAAAUGGGCAUGUAACUGCAGGGGGAUACUACAAUGAGGUUUACAAGAAUGUAGAUGGUGAAUGGUUUUUGAAGAGUAUCGAGUUUGAGAAGGUGUAUAACAGGGUUUGA